AUGGAGGGUGGCAAAGUGAUAGGGCAGACUAUCAAAAAAAAACAAAAGGCACUGCAAACGGCAAUUUUCAAACGUUUAUGUAUGUGUGUGAAUGUGGAUGGAAUGGAAUGGAAUGGAAUGAGUAUGAGUAUAUGCAUGGAGGGUCGUUCUCAUCAACUGAAGUGCUACAAUGAACAAGGAGGGAUGGGCAAGUGCUUUGCUUUCAGGGGAAAUUCCUUCCUUGCAUUUCAUGUCAUUUGGGAAAAGUCAAAGGGAAGAUUUCUGGCAGCUUCAUGUCUCUCAACUAAUUGGGAAAUGUUAAUUUUGUGCGCACAUCCGUUACCCAAUACGCCGAAAAAAAAGGAAAAGGAGGAAGAGAACAGAAGAUGGGAAGGAUGA